AUGGCGGUGAAAAGCUGCAUGGGCUACGCCCAGACACUGGAGACCUACUUAGACCCUUACAGGAGAAAGUCCACCAACGAUCUUGUAGUUCUCGGGUCAAACACGGACAAGGCCGAACAGCCUCCUGCUAUUCCGCAGCUCCGGAGAUCCAGUUCAGGUUCUAUCAAGGCGAGCGAGGCUCACCUGCUAGUCUAUGCCGAGAAGAACAGCACCACCCUCACACGCUUUCGCAAGUUGUUGAAAGGCCUUGUGGAUGCUGGCCUUACUGUUGAAAUCCGUUCUGAGAUUCACGAGCUCGAAGCAGAUGCCCAAGAGAGCACUUUGAACGCUUCGGCUAUUUGUGUCCUCUGGUCGCCCUAUUUCAUCGUGAGCUACAAGGAGCAUCUCCUCAAAAUCGCGGAGAAGGCUGCAGCUCAGGAGAUUCGGCUUCUCAACGAUGUCCGCUGUCUCAUCGAGUUAGCAGACAGGCGCUGGGCGCUGCGUAUGCUCUCCGAACAUGGCAUUCCAACGCCAAAGUAUGCCGAGUGUGCCUUCGAAGUUCAGUCUCCUACGAGAGUCGAGGAGUACGACGACCACGUGAUCGUAAACGGGCAGCAGAAGAUUGACAAGCCUUUCUUGGAGAAGCCC